ACACAAGCUUCUGUUCUCCUCCUCUUGCCCUUGUUGCUCCUCUCUCACUUCGGCUCUUCCCUGGCCUGCCCACUUGUCACCUACUGGGGCCAAAAUGUGAAUGAAGGAGAGUUGGACGACGCAUGUGCAACCCACAAAUACGAGAUUAUAAACAUAGCAUUCCUCAAUGUCUUCGUCAAUGGACAGACUCCAGACAUCAACCUCUCAGGACAUUGUUCUGCUUCCUGGGGUGUUCCUUGUACUAAAUAUGCCUCCCAAAGCCUUGGCGUCAAAAUCUUCCUCUCUCUCGGAGGAGCCGCAGGGUCCUUUACCCUUGCUUCUGCUGAAGACGCUAAUGAUGUUGCAGCCUACCUCUGGACCAACGUCCUAGGUGGCCAAACUGGUUCCGGCGGCCUCCUAGGAGACGUGGUCUUAGACGGCAUUCACUUUGACAUCGAAGGUGGUACGAACUUGUACUGGGAUGUGCUUCUACAAGAGCUUUACGCAUACAGUCAACAAAACAAGGUUUACUUAGCAGCAGUACCUCCAAUCCCAGAUUACUACUUAAACACUGCCAUCAGCACGGGGCUGUUCGACUACAUUUGGGUCCAGUUAUACAACAACCCUUGCUGCGAAUACUGA